AUGGGCCAGUGUGCCAGGACCUGCGGAUUAUUUCCUUUCCACCCCAUGGUCGCGCCGUCCUGCGCCGGCCUGCACGCGCCUGCACACGUCUGCACAGAAACCCGUUUUCUUACUAUCUCCGCGCCUCCCAUUGGCCAGCGACCCAUUUAUCAGCCACCGUGCAGGCGCCAGCGGGCACCACACACACCCGCAUUCCUGGCCUUAACCACUCAGGCGCACCGCAGUAGGUCUUAUCCCCAGGCAUGCCUAAUUCGCUACAGAUUACACUCCAGUAUAUUUGCAGUGAUCCUGCCGGCUGCCCCGACCGGUUUGGAAAUUUUUUCCUUUCUUCUUUUUUCCCCAAGCACCUAUUCUCUUCAUUUUCGAUUUUAUCCCUGCCGCGGUCUCUAUUCUAGUAGCUUAGUAUCGUAUUCGUCCAUUUGCAGGCCCCCUACUCUUCACACAUCGGUCCCUCUUCUUCAUUGA